GUGGACGGCUGGGCGCUGACCAUGCUGUCCCGCGAGAACGUGGGCUACGCCUCCACGUGCAACUCGGUGGGGCAGACGGCCGGCUACUUCCUGGGCAACGUGCUCUUCCUGGCCCUCGAGUCCCCUGUCUUCUGCAACAAGUACCUGCGCCUGCAGCCGCAGCCCCGUGGCAUCGUCACCCUCGCAGAUUUCCUGUUCUUUUGGGGAGCUGUGUUUCUAGUGACCACUACACUGGUUGCCCUUUUGAAAAAGGAAAACAAAGAAUUAACGCCAACAAAAGAGGAGACAAAAGGUAUCACUGAUACUUACAGGCUGCUCUUCUCCAUAAUCAAGAUGCCAGCAGUUCUCACCUUCUGUCUCUUGAUUCUCACAGCAAAAGUCGGAUUUUCAGCAGCAGAUGCUGUAACAGGACUCAAAUUGGUGGAAGAGGGGGUACCUAAAGAGCACUUAGCUCUGCUAGCAGUUCCAAUGGUUCCUUUACAGAUAAUAUUACCUCUGAUUAUCAGCAAAUACACAGCAGGCCCCAAGCCACUGAACACAUUUUACAAAGCUAUGCCUUUUAGGUUGCUCCUUGGACUGGAAUUUGCUUUUUUGGUUUGGUGGACUCCUAAAGUAAGACAUGAAGGAGGAUUUCCUAUAUACUACUAUGUUGUAGUAUUGUUGAGUUAUGCUUUACAUCAGAUCACCCUGUACAGCAUGUACGUGGCAAUAAUGGCCUUCAACGCCAAAGUCAGCGACCCCCUCAUCGGAGGGACCUACAUGACGCUUCUCAACACGGUGUCCAACCUGGGGGGGAACUGGCCCUCCACGGUGGCGCUCUGGCUGGUGGACCCGCUCACGGUGAAGGAGUGCGUGGGGGCGCCGGGGCAGAGCUGCGCCGCUGCCGCAGCGGCCGAGCUCUGCACAAAAGCUGGCGGCUCCUGCGUCACCACCCUGGACGGUUACUACGUGGAGUCUGUCAUCUGCGUCAUCCUGGGGUUUGGCUGGUGGUUUCUGCUGGGGCCAAAAUUUAAGAAGCUGCAGGACGAAGGACAGUCUUCAUGGAAGUGCAGGAGGACCAAUUGAUGCCCCUAAGAAAUGCCCCUUAAAUACUGGAUGGACCAGCAAGGUCACUUUAGUUUUAUUACAAAGACAUAUCCCAUAAUCAAUAAACAGGAGCAUAGGUAUUUUAAAUGCCAAAUCGCUGAGAUAUGGGUGGCCAGGAC